UUUGAGAUGUUUCACUUGCAGACGUACCCAAUAGUUAAUUCAGUUUUUUAGUUUUAAUGCUUUGAGUCUGAUUGAUUAUUUUCCAAGUCUUGAAUGUUUGCUUGAUACUUCUGGAUUAAAUCUGAAUUUCUUUACUAUCUGUUGGAAGAAAGAAUAUAACAAUUCAUUUAUAUAAUUGAAGUAAAAAGUUAGAAGUUGGAAGUUGGUCAUGUGGGUGUGUAUUCGUUUCAAGGUUCCUUUGCCUUUGUCUAUGAGCUUCUUCUUUUUUUUUUUUUUUUUUUUUUUUGGUGUGGUUAUUAUUAUUGAUUUUUUUUGCCAAUGUAGCUUAUUGAGUUAUCUUUAUAGUUUAGAUUAAGCUAGCUGCAGAGUUGUCUCUAUAUUUUAUAUAUAAGCUAGCUGCAGGUUCAUCAUCCCAUAGAUUAACUCGUCAGUUUAGCAAUUAUUUUUAUUUCCCUUAGUAUUGGUGUCUAAGUGUAGUACCACUUAAUUGGACAAUAGAAUUUAACUGAUGGAGUAUCAUCCUUCAAUGUUGGUUUGAUUGUUUUGGAAAUCCUUUUCAAGCUCUUCCAGCCACAUUUUUUUCUUUUUUAACAAACCAUUUUGGCUUUAUGUGAUGAUCAUUGGUAGCUUGAAUUUUACGCAAGGUCAUUCAAUUAGCUUCAAGGGUAAAUUUUUGUUAAUUUGAAAUGAUUUUUAUAAUCAUUUAGGGCAUAUAUAAUUAAGAACUAUAAAGAAUAAUAAUUUGUUUUGGAAUUGAGAUGAAGAGCCUAAUUAUUAAUUUCGGAUAAUUCAUAUACUACAUGAGAGACAUGUGACCUUAAGCCUGACUUUAUUCAUUGUACAUGUUAUCACUGUAUAAAGUGGAUGUGUUGAUUACAAUAUUACUUUGAACCAUUUGGUUUUAUGUUGAGAAUUUUAUCUUGGAUAUUUGGUGCUUCCUGUGAUGUCUUAUUAUGUUACUGUUUUGAGUUAACUCAGAAAAAUAAUUUUUUUGUUUAAUGAUGAGUGGUGAAACUUAGAGGCGAAGGCAUAUACUAUUUUGAGUUUGAAGACUAAUUUGGACUCAAGCCCUCCAAAAAUAGUGUCUAACAGAUUUGUUUUUAUCUUUUUCUUUUUUGCAGUAGGGUGUUUGAAUUACUUGCUUAAGAGGCUAUAUUUGUUUAAGAGGCUAUGUGUCUUGGGUUUACUGUGUCUAACUGAUUUUUUUUUUUUGGGCAAUAGGUUGUUUGAAAUACUUGCUUAAGAGGCUAUAUUUGCUUUAGAGUCAUCACCGAUUGAAUUGGAGAAGGCCCAUUAUAGGAGGUAUAAGAAGACGGAGACAAGGUGCGUUAGAGAUGAACAGGGUUUGGAUACACAAUAAAAACAGGUUGAGUAAUCAAUAUUGUGUUGGUAUUGAGUCAUUUAUGGAAGUUGCAAGCCAACAUGUUGAUGAGAAGAAUGAGACUCCAUGUCCGUGCAUGUCCCAAAUUAUAUGGAGGAUGAAGAUUUUAUUGAUGACGAUGAUAUUGAACAAAUACCUUUCGGUGAUGACGAAGGUAGUGUUCACAUUGACGAUUAUAGGAUUUGGAAUUGGAUUGAAGUGUUAGGUUGUCUUUUGUUUAGGCACUAUAUGUUUCUUAAUUAUCUUCAAGUUACUAUAUGUUUUCCUUAAUCUGUUUUAAGGGGUAAGGUCUGUAAGGUCUGUAUAUUAAAGAAAUAUCUUCGGAUAAGGUUUGUAUAUGUCCUUCCCAUGUAAAUGAAAUGCAUGUGAGUGUUAUUUUUCUUUCCUAUUGAUAAAGUAUGAUGUUCAAUCAUUUUUUAAUGAAUAAUUCCUUUAUCUCAAGCACGUUUGUGAUGAAAAUUGAUGUUAUUACAGCUGAAGUAUGAUGUUCAAUCAUUUAUUUUUAUUUUAUCAAGGAAUGAUCUAGUAGUAUAUUGUUGUAUUCUCUCUUUGUUUAUGUGUUUGUAAGUGUAGAAUGACACUUACGAGGGCUGCUACCUUAAGCAACAAUAACAAUAAGAAGAAGAAAACUUCAACUCUACUACCACCACAGCCACUUGAGCAACCAUGUCAACUGCCACAACAACAAUCAACUCAGCCACAACAAGGUGCUUCAUCAGCCUCAGGAGGGGGUUCCUGCCAACAAGAUGAAGGAACGCAUACUCAAACUUCUUCACAAAGGAAGAACACUCGUGGCCGAACUGUGGGGGCUAGCACUUGUGAUGUUGUGAAAAAGAGGAAGAGUUUGAUUCCAAUACGGAUGGAUCCAUCCCAGAAAUUGGUGGCGACUAUUGAGGCUCAAAAACUGUUCGUCUCUGAGAUUGGGUUAAUCACUCGCAACAAAGCUCCCUUGAAUAUUUUAGGGAUGAAAAAAGUGAGCUUGGAGACGAAGAAAGAUAUGGCUUUGGGUUUGCAGAAGAAGAUGAAUGAAGAGUAUGAGAAGGCCAAGCAACAAGUGGCAGAGAGUUCAGGAACUCCACUAGAUCAAGUCACACUCCCUAUCCCACAACAGUUAGAGAUCAUGAUUAUAGAGCUUGGGGUUGUAAAGGGCAAGAGGAUUCGAGGCUUGGGUUCUAGUCUCCGAGUGGAGAGUGCGCAUAGUGGUGGAGUUGCCUCUUCUUUUGCCACAGAGCAAAAGGUUGAGGAACUUCAAGGCACAGUUGGUGAGUUGAAAGGCACAGUAAGUGAGCUUCAGGGCAUAGUGGGUAAACUUUUGGAUGUCAUUGAGUGGAUGCGAACCCAUGAUGGUCCUCUACCCUCAUGUUUAGGUGUUCUGUCCCAGCAUGUUGGUGAUUCUCCUUGUGAUGAUGAUCAAGGUAAUAGUGGUGGUUCACGUAAUGUUUAUGCGGAUCUUGAUGAUAUUGGAAAUAGUCACUAGGUUGUGUGUACAUCUACAUACUUGAUGGUUUUUGUAUCUAGCCUACCUUGGGGUUCUAGGGGCUUCUGUAUCUAGCUACUUGAUGGUUUUUGUAUCUAGGAUAUCUUGGGGGUUUUUGUAUCUAGCAUAUAUUGAUGUGUGCUUAAACAACUGGUAUCUUUUGAAUAGUAAUUAUGCUAUUUCUAUUCAUUUAAUCUAUUUACUGUUUUUCAAAAA